GCUUCUUCGUGCAUCUGUUCUAGACUUUGCCUGCAGUAUGGGUGACAACGCAUCUUUAAACAGCGCUUCUCAACUAUUUGAGCAAUGGCUACAAGGAAAAAUUAUUCCUGCAAAUCUCCGACUCCUGGUAUAUCGCUAUGGAAUGCAGAACUCAGGCAAUGAGUCAUCAUGGAAUUACAUGUUCAAGAAAUACCAAGAAACUUCAUUAGCACAAGAAAAAGAAAAGCUGCUGUAUGGCCUGGCAUCAGUGAAGAACAUCACCCUUUUGGACAGGUACCUGAAAUAUAUUUACAACACCAGCCUCAUCAAAACCCAAGAUGUGGUCACAAUCCUGAGAUACAUCUCGUAUAACACCUAUGGGAAAACAAUGGCCUGGGACUGGAUACGACUUAACUGGCAGUAUUUAGUUGACAGAUUCACUAUCAAUGACAGAAACCUUGGUCGAAUAGUAACUAUUACCCAAACCUUCAACACUGAGCUGCAGCUUUGGCAGAUGGAAAAUUUCUUUGAGAAAUAUCCUAAUGCUGGGGCAGGAGAAUUGUCCAGGAGUCAGUCAAUUGAGCAGGUGAAGAACAACAUUGAAUGGCUAAAAGUAAACAAGGAGGAAAUACAAACAUGGCUAGCAACACACAAAGUCGCUUAAAGUCUUACUUUGUUAAAAAUACCAGGCACUCAUUCUGGGCACUCAGAUCCUCAAAGAUAUUUAGUAAUGUGGAUUUCUCACCUAGGUACCUUAGAGGACCAAGGCCUAAUAUUUUUUUCCUACAGACUCUCAGGAGACCACUGCCAGAGCAAUGUUUGUGUAGUUGCUGAUCCCAGAUCCUGACAGCACUUGUGUGCAGGAAUAGCUUUAUAUUUUGAGAGAUUAAUUUGCCUGAACAAACAGGACAAAUGUUUAAAGUUACAUAAGGCAGAAGUGAUGGCAGAACUGGGGUCCUGGCUGGUCAAGCUGGUCUCA